CGCUGUACGGAAUUAGUGGCGAGAUCGCGUGUUCGCCGGCGGGAAAGGAGGAAAAAAAUCUUCUCGUUGUGUGGCACAAGCAGCGGCGAUAAAUCCGCGUCGGGCCACCACCACCACCACCACCAUUCAUUCUCUUCUCGUCUUUUGUUGAGAUAACCCUCAACCUCGCGGCGACCAUGGUGGAGAACGAGACGGCCAUCAGCGAGGAGGAGGCGGCUCAGUACGACCGCCAGAUUCGCCUGUGGGGUCUCGAGGCCCAGAAGAGGCUGAGGGCUUCCAAGCUGCUGAUCGUGGGGAUGAAAGGGCUUGGAGCUGAGGUUGCGAAGAACCUCAUUCUGGCUGGAGUGAAGUCCGUGACGUUUUUAGAUCACAACAAGGCAACAGAAGAGAGCACCCGCGCUCAGUUUCUGGUUCCACAGAGCCGGCUUGGAGAGAACUUGGCUGAAGCCUCGUUGGAGCGUGCCCAGAACCUCAACCCAAUGGUUGAUGUGCGGACGGACAAGAGUGACAUCGCUAGCAAGACCGAAGAGUUCUUCACCCAGUUUGACUCGAUAUGCCUGACCGGGUGCCCUCAGGAUGUCAUGAUUAAGAUUAAUAGCAUCUGUCACGAGCGUAAGAUCAAGUUCUUUGCAGGAGAUGUGUUUGGUUAUCACGGCUACAUGUUUGCCGAUUUGGGGAUUCAUGACUACGUGGAGGAAAAACCCAAGAAGGUGGAGGUGGAGAGUGCGGAGGACGGCCCUGCGGCAAAGAAGCGCAAAGUAAUCUCGUCGGAAUCGACCAUGGUCAAGAAGACUGUAGAGUUUUGCACCUUGGCGGAAGCACUUGAUGCAGACUGGACAACGGACCAAGCUAAGAAAAUCAUAAAAAAAACACCUGCUGGCUACUUUCUUACAAAAGUGUUGCUGCGGUUCCGAAUGGAGCAGGGCCGUGACCCGGCGCCACAAACCCAGACGGAGGACACGGAGCUGCUGCAGCAGCUUCGCGACGCCGUGAUUGAGGAGAGCGGCGCCGGUGGCGACAUGAUUCCCGACGGAUUCGCGAGUUCCUGUUUCUCGGAGCUGAGCCCAAUUUGUGCAGUGGUGGGUGGUGUCCUCGGUCAAGAGAUAGUGAAGGCACUUUCUGGAAGGGAUGAGCCGAGCAAUAAUUUCUUCUUCUUCGAUGGACUGGCUGGAAAUGGAAUGGUGGAUUGUAUUGGGAAGGAGUAAGUGGUAAGGCACGUGUCAGAAGAAGGCUUGGUCGCGUCGUUUAUUCCAAAAAAAAAACACUUUAAUUUAUGUUUUGUACCUGCCACAGAUUUUGCCGCUGUGCAGUCGGCAUCGGAAAAUGAGCGGUCACUUUUCUGAAAAUAUCAUGACUCGUCUCGAUUGUGAUACUUCGAUUGUGUUCUUUGUCUUUUGAGUUAACUGAUGAAGUAUUGUGGUUAUGUUUUAAAGUGUCCAAAAACAUCCACAGGAGUUUAAAUAAGUUUGCGACAAUUGUUUUGUUUUUUGCCUUUUUUCACCUUAUAAAAACUGUCCCAUUUUAGGUGAACUUGAAUAUUACUUUUCAGUUUUCAAUGCUCACUUAAAUCCUUUCAUAUACUGUAAUGUUAUGUCCAAACCACUUAUAAACAUCGCUUAUAUUAAUUGAUACUAAAAUAUAAAUAGAAAACUUUUUUCCAAAUCGUUUUUAGAAUCAAUUUUACCAUCUAGAUUUGUGUAUGUUGAACUUCUUUUGCGCACCGCAUGUCACCAACCGUGCUAAUCGUAGGUGCGAUGUCAAAUACUUUUUUCAAAUUAAAUUGACAAGUUAAUUACCGUUCAUGGUAAAUCAUAGUGUUUAUAUAUAUAAAUAUGUGAACUAUGCCUAACAAAUAUUUUUAAAAGCAAUUACGUUUACCAUGCCUCCACAACUAAUGGCAGUGCGGAGUCAACGGCACAUUUAAACCCAGGGGAAGGGUGUGGAGAUGCUAAAAUUGGCGUUCUUUAUUGUGGCUUCGUGCAAAAUCGCAACCGCAUGCACACGCAAGCAAAAAAUAAUAAACAAAUAACGUAUGGGAGUUUAUACUCACUAAAUUAGACCUCUGUGUGCUGCCUUACAAACGUAAAUGAUCAACCAAAAAAAUUGUGCUGGUUUACGUGAGAAAACAUUUUGGAAGGCCACAUUUUCAUCAGUUGGGUUCCACUCCCACUCGCAGCUCAAGCAAGCCCGAGUACCCUUGCUCGAGAUAAACUUCAUCUUCCCACACACACACUAUGGCUGUACCCACGAAAAGCACCAUUUUGUGUACAACAUUCUUUUUCAGCCUGUUCAUAAGGACAGUUACUGCGAGGGCAAAUCUUUAAGGCUACGCGUCAGCUGUGCAGCAUCCAUGGCAUCCUGGCAGAAGGUUCGAGGUGUGAUGGCAUCGACAGCUUUGGCCAUGAUUAUAUCGAGAAGUUGAUCGAUUCAAUAUACUAAAGCCUAAUAAAACAGUGACCAUCCUUGCGUUGUCUAUGGAAACGAAAUUUCCACUCUUUUAAGACAUGCCACUGUUGCUGACUAAAUGUCAUGGGAUGUAUUCACUGCCAUUUAAAGAAAAAUUACUAUUUAAGUGGUAAGUAAUAUACAACAUGUGUGUCUUUAGGAAUUGUCAGUAAUGUAGACUUUUUUUACCUGUAUUUAAAUCGAAGUGGUGUCAUUUGCAUUCCCAGUAGUUUCUUUAGAUUUUUGGCUAUAGUAGCUAAUUCUUGAUCUCAAAGGUGUGGAGUUUUAUGAUGUCUCUAAGGGUCUUUGCAUACUAUGCAAGCCUUCUUUAUUAAUUGAUGUGUAAUUAAUACCUCAAAAACGAAUAUUUGAAGAAGAAAAGAGCGUUUUGCUAACUGCAUUCUUUGCCAUUUCUCAUGGUUAGUAUUUGUACAUUUUAUCAAUAAUAUCCAAGUAAUGUUUUUAAUGUUACUUUGAAAGGAUGUGCAAAGUAGUGAACAUCAAACAGCCUUGGGGGAUCCGUGCUUGUAAACUGUUGUUUAAACAACAUCGAAAAAUAUUCAGUCACCGAAACCAGCAUUAACUGCUUUAAAGAGAUAUUUUACAUGUGUUUUGUCUGUGUGGUGCUUAACUUGAAGUUCAAUAUUUCAUAUUUGAAAAGUGGGUUCGGUUUGGAUAAUCUUGGAGUUAUAUAAAUAAUGGACAGUUAUCAAUUUGUGUUUUGUAAUGCAUUCAGCUGGACAGCAACAAUUUAUACUGUUUGUACUUACAUUAAACUAUCUUCUUUAAAGGUCCUGUC